ACAAAAAAACAUAGUAUAUGAUGAUCUAUUACAUUGCCAAAGUAGAUGCAUGCUUCCCUCACGAGAUGCAGUAUGUGGGCUACCCAAUAGCUAUUUGGGCCCUCAGCUUGAAUAGUGAAAAAACAACAGAAAAAACUCUAAUUUUUGAGCCCAUUGAAAUUAUAUGAAUUUCCUCUUGGUUAAUUGACCAGACGGAAAAGAGACUCGUGUGGUUAAAGAAUAUAUGGUUACAGAGAAUCCUAACAUAACAAGACUCAACACCACUUAGGAUGUACACACACUUACAAUCACACAAAUACCAACACGUGUUUUUCAUCCUGCCAUAUUUUUGUCCAUAAUUAUAGCCUUUAGGUUGGUCUAAUGCAUAUGACCAUCGUUCCUAAUCUUUACUGAUACAGAUGUAAUUAGGUUUUUCAUUUGAAGGGGGGCAACUGGGAAGUCCAAGCUAAGGACGCAACCUAACUUUCCAUGAAGCCUGGCAACACAAGGCAAGACCAGUCCCUUUUUCCCCUUUUAGUAUACAAAAAUUGCCGGUAGUAAACGAGUUGAAAUUUCAAAUAUGUCAACAAUUCUGGAGUCUUGACCAAGAAAGUUUGACUAAUUUAAUGGAUGUCAAUAUCACAUAGCCACAUCCAAUUGUACUGCUACAGUUACACGAUACCCAAGACAAGACAAUUAUUUUCUGUUACUGUCUAAUUUAAUAUCCCCAUAGAAAAACAGGUCCUAUUAUUUUAAUUUUAUUUUUACAAUAUGAUAACUGAAUUAUUACCAUAAAACUAAUCUAUACUCUCUCACAUCAUUGGACACUCAUUGCUCUCCUAAUUCUUUCCCCUCUCCCUCAACCAGCAAGAUCCACAAAGCAUUCUCAAAAUUCUACGUAACCCAGAAACAAACAAAUUUCAUAAUGGAGGAGGAAGAAGCAAAUCAACAUGUAAUAGAUAUGUGGCAGGUAGACACGGAGAGGUUAGCCUCCAUGGAGCUCAAGAUUGCCGAGGACCCAAAGUUGCUGAGCAAAGCCGCUGGAAAAAGAUCAUGUUGCAUCUUCAGGGUUCCACAGAGCCUAAUCGAAGUAAACGGAAAAGCCUACCAACCCCGCAUUGUAUCCAUAGGACCCUACCACCGUGGCCAACCUCGCCUCAACAUGAUCGAAGAGCACAAGUGGCGUUACCUUCGUUCCCUUCUCUCAAGAACUCAAAGCAAAGGCUUGUCCUUAGAAGAUUUGUUGAAAGCUAUUGCCCCUUUAGAAUCACAAGCCAGAGAGAGUUACUCCGAAACCAUUCACCUCGAUUCACACGACUUCAUCGAAAUGAUGGUACUCGACGGGUGCUUCAUCAUUGAACUUUUCCGCAAAGUCGCCAAGCUUGUACCUUUUGAACCCGACGACCCAAUAGUCAACAUGGCUUGGAUAUUACCCUUCUUUUACAGAGACUUUCUCAAGCUCGAAAACCAAGUCCCUUUCAUCAUUCUCCACCGUUUGUUCCAACUCUCUAAACUACCAGAAGAAAAGUCAACGCCGACAUUGUCAACACUCGCCUUGGAAUUCUUCAACAACUCAUUGCAAAGGCCAGACGAAGUGAUCCUCACGACCAACCAAACCGAAACGAAAGAAAAGCAUUUACUUGACUUGGUUCGUUCGAGCUUCAUUCCAAGCCAUGAAGAAACAGAGCCUCCAAAAAGGGUCAUCACACCAACCCACGUGAUCCACUGCGUCUCGAAGCUUCGACGCGCCGGGAUUAAGAUUACUCCCGGCAAAAGCGAUAGCUUUUUGCACGUGACGUUCAGGCACGGCGUGAUCGAAAUGCCAACCAUAACAGUGGACGAUUUCAUGAGUUCUUUUUUGCUAAACUGUGUGUCAUUUGAGCAGUGUUAUAGCGGUUGUUCUAAGCAUUUCACGACCUACAUCACCCUUUUGGACUGUCUCAUAAACACUUAUAGGGAUGUUGAGUACCUUUGUGAUAGGAGCAUAAUUGAGAACCACUUUGGGACCGAAGGUGAAGUUGCGCAUUUUGUUAACAACGCUGGAAAAGAUGUUGCUGUUGACUUGGAUUUGAGUUAUUUGUCUCAGUUGUUUAACGAUGUCCACAAAUAUUACCAAAAUAGUUGGCACGUGCAGUGGGCUAGCUUCAAGUACACUUACUUUGAUACGCCUUGGUCGUUUAUCUCCGCUCUUGCUGCGUUCAUUUUGUUGGUUCUUACUGUCGCUCAGACCUAUUUUGCUGCUUAUCAGUAUAUUGUACCCCAAAAUUCUUGAUCACACCCUCCACUUUUGCGUUUGGAUAACAACAUAAAGUUUUAUCUCAUGUAACCCGAAUUUAAAUCUUUUGGCCUGUUAAGAUUGUCUGGUGUCUGAGAUAUUGGUCGGG